CUUCUCUCGCUGUCUCACUGUCUCUCUCUAUAAAUUCCGCCAAAAAUUAGUGGGAAGCCUUUGUUCUUCAUCUCAGCAUCAACUACUUAGCAGUUACUCAUCUUCUUCUCCAUAUUCAUCCAUGGCUUCUUCUUCUUCUUCUUCUUCUUCUUCUCUGGCAUUUCUGGGGCUAACGCUCGCUCUGGUUUUGCUAAUCUCACCCGCGCAUUCACUCACCUGCACCACCCAAACCUUCACCAACAAUAAUCUCUACUCAAAGUGCUUAGACCUCCCCACACUCAAAUCCUACCUCCACUGGACCUACAACUCGUCCAACUCCACUCUCUCAAUCGCCUUCGUCGCGACUCCAGCCAAAUCCGACGGCUGGAUCGCGUGGGCCAUCAAUCCGACGGGCACCGGCAUGGCGGGGGCCCAGACCCUGCUCGCCUACAAGAAAUCCGACGGCUCCAUGGACGUCAAGACCUUCAACAUCAGCUCCUACAGCGAUAUCGUCGAGUCGAAGCUCGCUUUCGAUGUCUGGAACACCAGCGCCGAGUCAUCCGGCGGCGUUUUUAGGCUCUUUGCGAAGUUGAAGGUGGAGAUGGAGAGCGUGAACCAGGUUUGGCAAGUGGGGCCCUCUGUUUCAAAUGGGUUUCCGGCGAAACAUGAUUUUAACACAGACAAUCUCCAAGCCAAGGGGAGCCUGAACUUGACCGGAGGCACCACCACCACCACAACCACCCCCGGAGACUCCAGGUUGAAGAAGAGGAAUAUUCAUGGAAUUUUGAAUGCUGUGAGUUGGGGGUUGCUGUUUCCGAUUGGGAUCAUCAUAGCAAGGUACUUGAGGACGUUUCAGUCUGCGGAUCCAGCAUGGUUUUAUCUUCAUAUAUUCUGCCAGGUAUCUGGUUAUGCCAUUGGGGUCGCCGGCUGGGCUACCGGAAUUAAGCUCGGAAGUGAGUCCGAAGAGGUUGUAUACUCUGCUCACCGGAAAAUCGGAAUUACCCUGUUCUCCCUUGCAACUGUCCAGAUUUUUGCAUUGUUCUUGAGACCGAAGAAGGAGCACAAGUACCGGUUCUACUGGAACAUCUACCACCACACCCUCGGAUACGCCAUUCUCAUCCUCAGCAUUCUGAAUGUGUUCAAAGGCCUGGACAUACUAAAUCCUGCCAAGCAUUGGAGAUCCACUUACAUAAUUGUGAUUAUUGCCUUGGGUGCAAUUGCCUUGUUAUUGGAAGCAAUUACUUGGGUUGUGGUCUUGAAGAGGAGGUCAAGCAAGUCCACCAAGCCAUAUGAUGGUUUCAACAACGGACAAGGCUGAGCAGCCUCUUAACAUAUUAAGAUCAAACCCAACUGCAGCAGAUCUCCUCCCAUGGCAGAUACCGAUUUUUGUAAUAUUCUUGUGACCUCACUGGUUUGAGAUUCUGAGGUUUAUCUAUAUCACCAGCCCUCUCAUUUUUCUUCUUUCUC